AUGUCCUGGUCGAAAAGCUACCGGCGCGUGCACGGGAAACGAGGAACAACAAUAUACCUGGAUCAGGAAUACCCGACUAAAGGUGAUGGUCCACUAUCCAUCGACCUUCGGUUCCUGUGCGAAACGCCCUCUUAUGCGGGUUUUGUUGUAGGCGUAGAGCUGUCAGUGGCCGAUGUCCUGUCGGGCAUUAAUUCCAUUCUCUGCUCUUCAUAUCAUGAGAAGUCAUGCCUAAUCAACCAUCUUUCAGAAGGGGAACCAGUACCACUGGGCGCAAUCUCUUGGACUCUUCAGUCUGCACAGGAUGCACUUAGUCCAUGGGAGAUACCUGCUCAGUGCACUCUUGAAGGGGUGGAGCUCUUUCAGAUGGGACACUAUGGACCCAUAUGCAAGGGUCAGCUAAAACAAGACAGCAUAUCCACUGCUGUAGUGAUUAAAAGUUUAAAAGACAUGUCAACUCAACACGAGGCUAAAGAAUUUGUGGAUUUGGUCCUUUUCCUUGCAUCAGUAAGCAAACAUAAGAAUAUAGUGAAAAUGUUAUACUGCCAGACUCACCGGACACCCAUGUACCUGGUUUUGGAGGCAAGCAUUCCAGGGAACCUUCUUACUUUUACUAAACAGGACAGAUCUGAGACAGUUGAUAACUUGCAGGGGCUUUCAGAGAGGUCUGUUUAUCUAGUAGCUAAACAGGUAGCAGCAGGUCUGGAUUACCUACACUCCUACCAUAGAGUUGUUCAUGGGGAUGUUGCAGCCCGAAACAUGUUGAUUAGUUCAGGGUUCUCUGUCAAAGUCUCUGGAUUGGACUUGGCUUUUCAGAGUCGACAAGCAAGGAACAUUGACAAGGACAUGGAUGCCAAUGUCCCAUUAAAAUGGCAAGCCCCAGAAUGGAUCAUGAGAUGUCCCCUAACAGACAGGAGUGAUGUAUGGUCCUUCGGAAUUCUGCUUUAUGAGCUCACAACCCUGGGCUCUCCUCCCUAUCCUGAACUGGAACUGUCAGAAAUGCUCCCUCAAACUUUAGCCCAUUACAGAAUGAAAAGACCAGAAAACUGUGGAGCUCCAUUAUAUGAGCUAAUUAAGUACUGCUGCAUGUGGAAUUUCAAGGACCGGCCUGUUUAUUCUGCCAUUAUCAGACUUUUAGACUCUUACAUAUAUCUCGCUGACACAAGACCUCAUCGCUGUGGACAACAGAUAGACAUCUGUGAAUACAGAAGGAAAGCAGGGCUAGCCCCAUGAGCUCUCCACAUUCAGAGACCAAUUUCUUAUUAAUACAGUGCAUUCACAAUUGCACAUUUUCAUUUCAUAUUAAGCUACUGUAAUUUGCAUCCUGUGCUCUGAUCACAUCAUUACGGCGAAACAUCAAUAGAGGUCUCCCGAUUUUUCGGAACUAUUAAAGAUGAAGAGAUUAACAAACAGUAAUGGCCAAUAGCACAGUGGCCUCUAGUGGUGAACUGAGAUUAAUUGCUUACUCUCUGACACUCAAUGGUGCUCUCACCCACACCACGUGUUGUGUAGUAGACACUGAUACUGAGAAGUAUAUCUCAGCUCUGUUGGUCCUCACAAUGUAAGUGAAUGGUUCCCAAAAUUAUGAAGCUCCAAAAGCAUUUAAAGGUAGCAUAAACGUUAUCCAUAAGACUUCAGAAGCGAUAUGAAAGGUGAGAAAGAGAUCAGUAUUUAUUUAUUAUCAAUCUCCGCUUUCA